ACAUGCACCAGAUCAGCGUGGUGGAGAAUGUGGCGGCACGGCCGACGGAGGGCCUGGACGAGGCUGCCGACAAAGGGGCUGGAGCCCCGGUUGGCGGUGAGGACUCUAACCAGUCGUGGUACCUGGACGAGGCCCAGGAGUCAACAGCUGCCCUGCUGGAGGCCACAGCAGUGGCCGACUUCCCCGACGACCCUGAGACAGACACCGAGGACUAUGACGAGACAUACACACGCAAGAAGAAGAAGAAACCCAAGAAUGCUGGCCAGAAGAAGCGGACUCGCAUUGAGUACACGGAUGCCGAGAAACCGUACAGCUGUGAAAUAUGCGGUGUGCGGUACAAGACGCGCCCUGGCCUGUCGUACCACUAUGCGCACAGCCAUAUUGCCAGCAGCAACAGCGGCACCAGCAGCGGCAGCGGGAGUACGGCCACGGCGACCCCGGCCGACCAUCACCCACCUUCAGCUGCGACCCAACAGGAGGACAGCGGUGGCUCGAGCAGUGCGCCUUCUGGUGGAGAGUUUGGCAGUGGCCGCGGUGGCGGCCCCGCCUCGGGCGACAGCCCUCUGGCUGGGCUGCGCAAGUUUCAGGACUCGUUCCUCUCUUUCCUGAAGACCCCCCAGGGGGGUGCUGCCCCCCCUGCAGAGGAGGCGGGGGUGCCUGCCCCUUCCCAGCAGCCGCCCCCGCUGCCGCAGCAGGGCCGCAGCGCCAGCGGGAAGCCUCUGGCCAACCCGAGCCCCUACUGUGACUUCUGCCUGGGCGACAAUGGCGAGAACAAAAAGACACGGCAACCAGAAGAACUCGUCUCCUGCUCGGACUGUGGCCGCUCUGCGCACCCGUCGUGCCUCCAGUUCACGCCCAACAUGACUGUGUCGGUGAAGAAGUACCGCUGGCAGUGCAUCGAAUGCAAGUCCUGCGGCCUGUGUGGAACCUCGGACAAUGAUGAUUCCAUGGUGGGCAAAGAUGGAUUUGAGAGCAUCGAUGAACGUCUGGCCGUUGAGGUGGAGCAAGUCCAUCCCAAGGAAUUCCCAGGGAUGUCCAGGAUCAGCUGCUGUUUUGCGACGACUGCGACAGGGGCUACCACAUGUACUGCCUGCAGCCGCCCCUGUCUGAGCCCCCCGAAGGCCUGUGGAGCUGCCAUCUGUGCGUGGAAGAGUACGGCCGCGUGGAGCAUCGGCCAUCCACAGCUGGAAGUUCUCCCUGAGCCGCAGCAGAAACUGCCGCACACAUGCUCAAACAGUGCUUGAAGAUAAUAAAGGUCCCAGAGACAUUGCUUGCUCAAA